AGAAAAGAAAACAUUCUUUGAGAGUUUGACAACGUAAGUGUACACAUACAUUGUAUUUAGAACUUUGUUCAGACUAGAACUUUUUUGUUAUUCAAGAAGUCGCAAACAUUGCCAAGAAACCUGUGAACUUUUGAUGAUUUCAUCUCGUGUGUUUGCACUUUUCUCUUUCUUAAAAUCGUUCAAAACUUCAAGCCCUGAUAUUCCUCGAAGUUUUACCACUGUUCUUCAACAGAAUAGAAGGCUAGACUUCAAAUAUCAUCUGUAAGUCAUACCACAAUUAGGUCGAAGGAAAAUUCUUAAAAUUUGUUCGCAUGACAGAUCAUAAAUUUUUGCACUCUGUCAAGCAGGGCACAGAGUUAGCUAAAACAGAUUCUUACAGAUACUUUAUAGUUCAUUUACAUCACUCAUGCUGUUUUAUUCAGAGAACAUUUAUAUAGAAGAUAGAGCAUAUUCCUGGAUGGCAGAAAUGUGUCUUAUUUGUUUCAUUAUUCAUUAUUCUUGUGUAUUAUGUGAGGAGUGUUUUACACACAUGAUUGAAGAUGUGCAUUGUUAGUCACAACCGAGUCAAAGCGCAGUCGGCCGGUGCGGUCAAAAAUGUUAACGCAACCAAAAUUUUUUUUCAAGAAAGUAUGAUCUGUUUUGCAAUAGUCCUUUAUAUCUGGAUAACUACAUUUAGUGGUGAGAUAUGAAGACUGAGUGUCAUGGAACAAAGCAUUUUGCGCUGUAUCACAGUCAAGUGCUAUCAGUAAAUAGAUACCAAGUUAUUUCAACAUGUCUGACAAAAAGCAGUUUUCUUCCAUUCAGUAGCGUCUUAUUAACAUUCGAGGGCAUGUCAGGUUCGUUCCUCUUUUUUCAAUAUUUUAACUUUUUAUCAAGGGCUAGGUGACAUGAACCCCACCCUCUCCCCUAACCCCCUCGUCCCAACCCCUCUUCGAGGUAAACCUUAAUUGUCGAUGUCUUGGAAAUGUUCACACGGUCAAAAAAAAGGUUCUCUGUCAGCCGAAAUGAUAUAAGUGACAUCUAUUCCGAUUUAUGCUUUGCUAACUUUGUUUUCUUUUUUAAUCGAAACGCCAGGUUAAUUGUACAAGCACAGGAGCAACUGCCUCUCACGGCUGCAAGCACCAAGAUGUCCCGUUCAAAAACUCUCCUUCGAGAAAUAAUUGACUCUAACCACCGAAAACUAAACAGACACUCGCGCUUUGCUCCUCCGAAGACGAACACUCUUAAACACCUGCAGAACGAGUUCAGAAAAACAAUUCCCCGCCCGCGAUAUGCAUUUGUCACGUUGGUGAUGUGUGGUGACGAUUAUGUUAAAGAAGCACUAACCUUGGCUUGGUCUCUAAGGCAACAGAAAACAAUGCACGAACUGAUAGUCAUGGUUACGCCUGACGUCAGCGUUUCAGCGAUGAAGCUACUGCGCAAACUCUAUGAUCGCGUAAUCAAGGUGCAGUACAUUAAAACCAGAGUAAAAAGUGCCCUGAGAGGGAAAAAGUACCGAAGCGAACAUAAAUGGAUAGAAUUCAGUUUGACAAAAGCGCGCAUGUUAAAACUCACAGAAUAUGACAAAAUAGUUUGGUUGGAUGCAGAUUCGCUUGUUCUCAACAAUAUCGACCACCUCUUUGACCUUUCAACUCCAGCUGGUGUGUGCUCCAGCAUCAGAAAUCAUGAUUAUUGGCAUGGCUCUAAGAUACCCGAGUUAGAAAUCGAAAGUGCUGUUGAGAACAAUUAUGGUGUCCAUGGAUGCAUCAUGGUGCUGACACCAAAUUUAGAUCAUUACCUGUUGGCAAGUUCUUUGCCUCAAGUUGGAACCACUGCUAACUUUGUCGGACCUGAUGAAUUUUUCUUCACGCAGUUGUACAAGACCGAGUGGCAUCAUAUCCACAUCAAGUACGCAUGUACAAAGUGGUUUUACGAAAUGCGAGACGUAAAACCGAAUGUGAUUCAUUUCUUUGGCGACAAACCAUGGGAGGACGAGAGCGACUGGGACGGAGUAAGAAAGUGGAGGGAAGCAGCGCAAGGCAUGGUACGAGUCUGUCCUAAAAUGUCGGAUUUGUUCGUGACACUAGGUCAGCCGAGUUCUCGACGAAGUCACCACGAAGUAAGGUUCUCAGCGAGUUGUGAAGUAUCCGGAGUAAGGACGCAAAGUUCAACGCCGCCUAAAUUGCGUUUCGGGAACUCUUGAAAACGUCAAGAUAGCAUCAUCAUCUUUUUUCGCCAAAACGAGAUAUCGUAUAAAUACUGGUUUACCUCGCAAAUUCAGAGGGACAGAUGGUACACAUCAAGCUGAUAUGUAGUUAGCACCAUAUUCUCUUACCAACGUUGCCCUUGAGUCACACAUCAAGGUCACGAGAACAAGAAAAUGAUAACCUUCUUAAGUUGAUUGUUAAACAAAUUCUCCUUGUCAGCACAUUAGAAAUGUUAGGAGAGUAUUAGGGAGAAUAUAAAUACUGAUGUCUGGGCUUAAAGGGUUAAAGCCUGUCACAAAUACACCUAGUAAUGGCCCAGUUAACCAUCG